AUGUCGCGCGCUUCGAAGUUGACCUUUGCCGGCACCGGCUUAGCCACCGCAGGAAUUGUCUACUUUGUCCACUGGGCCCAAGAACAGGAAAAAGCAUCCAUGCACAAAGGUGUCGAACGGGACAUGGAGAAACAACGCGUUCAAUUAGAGCGAAAGGCCGACUUCGAGAUGCAGAAAGCGCUCCAGGAGGACUAUCUAAAGCUCCAGAAGGUCUCCCCAAGUAUAGACGGACCGCCAUCAAGUGGGGGAUUACCAGAUUUGAAUCAAGGAUCAUGA